CAUUUUUUAAGAACGCGGUGUAUGACGUAAUCCACAGUCAGUUCCUGCCUCACCUCUCACUCGCUUGUUCGAGCCUCAAUAGCUCUCGUCGAAAAGCCACGCGACGCUUUGUCAUCGCGGCUUUCUGGUGUUCUAGAAAGUAAUUGGUCAAAUCAGCCAUCAUGUGGUUGAGAUUCUUAGACUCGCGGCGGCCUCCAAGGACAGAAGAAGGCUCGUCUCGUUUCCGCUUCGUUUAUUGUCGCUAAUAUCGUUUAGCAUCGCUUAUCAUCGGAGCGGAAAAUAAGCUCUUCCCCAACCACCGUGCUGCUGCCUGGUACGUAUAACCUAACAACCUCGUCAAAAGUAAGUUUUUUGCUGCUUCUGGCGUCCUCCCUCUCGUUUUGCACUCAAUUGGACGAAUUAUUAUGGAAUUGAUUAAGUAAGACCAUCUAACGUCUCAUUCUACGAACCAAUUGCUUCUCAGACUCUGUUUCUUUUUCGUUGACCAGACCCACGUCCUUGGCUGCUGGUUUCGAGUAAGCUCGUGGAGGCGAAAGCUGAAACCCACCUGGUUCUGAGCAAUUCCGAAUAAUCCAUCUACGGUUUCAUUGUAAUUAUUGUCUAUCUAAGCUCUACCUUUCAUUAUUGUUUGUCAGAAUAACAUACGGAUUUUGUUCCCCUUCUGUCUAUAUACAAUUACUCCUUGAGGAAGUACCUGACAAAAUGACACCCUCUUACGAUCGGGACGGAGUCAUCGAUCGUUCUGGCGGUGCAUUGCAUGAUAAUAGUGCACCAAUUAUUUUGAUGAAUAGCUCCAGUUCAUCUGGUUCUUCCGACGACCGUUCGAGCCCGACAACAAUUAGAAGACAUGUGUCUUUUCGAACAGCUGUUGGAACUACUUCUUCAUCAUUACCUCGUGGAAGCCCUGGGUUUGUGUCGCUGCCGGAUACCUCACUUGCAUCUGAUCCUUAUAACAAUCCUUACAGUAGAAUCAACCGCAAUUCUCCUCCUUCAGAUCCACGUGAGAUACCUCCCCAAUUUCAUUUCAAGAAAAUAUCGCACAGCAGAAGCGUUUCGAGUUUUCGUAACCUUAUGUUGGAGCAACGGAAUCAACGAGAUUUUCUACUCGUUGACGACGUUGAAGAAACGAAGCGCAAAGGCGAUAAAUCCCCGACAAAGGAGCGCUCAUCAUUGCAUAUUCGACAGGGCUCACUGGAUUUAGUACGCGUAUUGAAUCCGUGGUCUUCGUCCAAAAAGAAGCGUGAGCUUCGUAAAGUAAAAUCUUCGCAAGAGGUUGCACUCCGGCAACAAGUUUCGCGAGUUCCAACGAAGUACGGCUACGUUGAAGAACUCAUUGGUGAAGGUGCAGAAGGGCAUGUCUACACCAUUGCGACGCCGAACGAAAAAGGCAUUAAAUAUGUAGCCAAACAAUACCGUCAACGCAUGCCCGGAGAAGGCGAGCGCGAGUAUGCAAAACGCGCUACGGCAGAAUUCAACAUUUGCUCGACGUUGCACCAUCCCAGCAUCAUCCGGGUGUAUGACGUGCUCGUUCUCAACAAAAAGUAUUAUCAGAUUAUGGAGUACACGCCGUACGAUUUGUUCACGUUGGUGAAGGAAAAUCAACUGUCUAAUGAAGACAAGCUUGUACUCUUCCGCCAGCUUGUGGCCAGUGUUGCAUAUUUGCAUUCGGUUGGUCUAGCACAUCGGGACAUUAAGUUAGACAACCUAAUGCUCGAUCAAAAGUGCAAUCUCAAGCUCAUUGACUUUGGAAGUGCAUUUGUUUUUCAAUAUCCCUUUGAAUCUAGUGCGGUACAGGCACGAGGUCUCAUCGGCUCAGAACCGUACCUACCGCCCGAGGUUUUCCAGCAUUAUUCAUAUGAUGCCCGAGGAAUUGAUGUCUGGUCAUGCGCUAUCGUGUUCUGUUGCCUUAUGCUUUUACGAUUCCCUUGGAAAACACCCAAAAUGACAGAUCGGUCGUAUAGAAAUUUUAUGGAACAGUCGAAGCUUGAUCCUUCUCAUGUAAAACUACUAGAUUCCCUUCCAACAGAUUCGCGACCCAUAAUCAAGCGCAUGUUACAACCAAAUCCAAAAGACCGAUGUUCUAUACAGGAAGUUUACGAAUCAGAAUGGGUCCAAGGUAUUCCUGCGACGCUCGCGGUUUCGAAAAAUACGGACCCGUCCAUAUACGCGGCAACGCCUUAAAAGUUAGGCGCGACACUCUAAUCGUCUCCUUUCAUUCACAUUUGCUCCAUCAUUUUAAACAAUAACCCCUUCCCUUUAACAUUUUAACCAGAAAAUUGACAUCGUGUUAAGACGUGUAUUUAUUUCCGAAAACCAUUUACAGAGCCUGCAGAGAUUUGAAGGCGUUUGACCUCGUCAUGAACUUGCGCAAACCGGUUGCUUAGUGCCAUGAAAAGCUUGUGCUCUUCCUUGAGAGAGCGGACAAGCGCUGCGAUCAUGUUAGUUGAAACUGUUACGUGACGUACUAUACUCGACUUACCCUCCGGGCUAUUGUUUUGAGGCAUAGAUUCCACUUGCUCCAGGUGUUGCUCCAAUUCACCGAUGGUAGCGGCAUACACUUGCGUGCGCUUUUUGGCAUCUCUAACGAAUUCAUCAAAGUAAUUUACAAGAGGAUCAUUAGAUGUGUGCGGCAAAACGGCACCCGGAGUUUUCAUCACAUCAAUGAUUCUUGUGCUUAUGCGGGCAUUAAUCGUGUCUUUGUCCACAAUGUUUUUAACGUCUUCCAAGCAGUCUGCAUCUGUUUCCAAUGCAGUUGAAGUGGAAGAAAGACGCUGGAUGAGUUAGCAAAAAAAAUCGAUCCGACUCGGAUGGGAGCGAAUUGUUGAAAACAACUCGUCACCAAUUCUUUUUUAAACUUACUCUUUCCACUUCUGCAACAUCAUUUGGCACUGUGUCCACAAGUUGCCGGACUUGAGCAGCACUCUCAUUUACCGUUUCAGAAAGCUGGAUCUGGGCAAAUAUUUCUUUUCUUUGUAAGUCAUGUUAGUCAAGUGUUCGUGGUCUUGCCGGAAAAUCAAAAAAUUGUGAAACAUACUCGAUGCUAUCAAGAGCAUUUUGGGUAGCCGCGUCUAAAGCAGAAAAUCGAGUGGUCGAUUGAAUUGGUGUGACAUUGGAAGCAACGGUAUUUGCUUGACUGUUGUAUUGUCUGCGUCAGCAUCUCAGCAAAUUCAGAAGAUAACUUACGGCACAGCCUGUUGUUGCUGCUGCGGUUGUUGCUGGCCAAACAACCCAAAGCUUGGCUUUGUUGUAGUAGCAGUAUUUUGUUGUCCAAAAAGACCGCCGCCAGUUGUUGAACCGAAGACCGGUUGCGUCUGUUGUUGCUGUUGUUGUUGAUUAAAGCCGGAACCGCCAAACAAGCUCGUUCCCGCGGCAGGCUGCUGUUGUUGUGUUUGUCCGAACAGAGACGGGGUUGUUGUGGUUGUCGUAGCUGGCUUUUGACCAAAUAAGGAAGUCGUUGUCGCAGGUUGUUUUGUCGCCGCCUGUCCAAAAAGGCCUCCUGUAUUGGUUGCAGGUACAUUCGUCGUUGUUUGAUUUAACAAUCCCGCACCUGGUUGCGUGUUCGUGCCUAAUAGAAAUUGUGUUAAUGAAUGAGAACAAAACUCGAAUUGCUGUAACAUA